AUUUUGGGGAUACUUAUACUUCUCAGAGUUUCAUUACAAAAAUUGCUUUCAUCAACAUGGCUUGCAAAUUCGAGUAGCUCUCUUGAGAAGUGCAAUAGGAUGCGUUAGUUCCGAACCGCGUUCAAUAGUACUCUGCCAGCCGCCAUUGGAUGAUACUCUUGCAGCCAAUCAGAGAUCUAGCGGAUGUGCUGAUUAGAGACGUGAACGCGUCGAGAACACACGUAGGAAUCAUGGAGAUUCAAGCACAUCUAAUGCACCAUAACCCGUACGAUCUAGUCAAAGCCGAAGAGCCUUCGACGCCACCGAAGACGAAGUCGACAUUGUGCUCGUCAACCGACAUGCUCUUCAGCGUAUCUAAUUUCAAUAUCCAGUCAAAUUUCUGUCCACCCGUCAACAAUAAUCAUGAUCCGUUGAAUAAUAAUCACGUGAAGAUCAGCUCAAAUGGCAGAACCCUGGCGGCAGAUCGUAAACGGCCGUAUCCGUGCAACCUAUGCACGUCUAGGUUUGGCAGCAAAAUGGAGUUGGAAGAGCAUCAGAAUAGCCAUACGGGCAUGAAGCCGUUCGAAUGCGAUGUCUGUAAAGCCCGGUUCAAUCGUCGAUCCACGUUAUGGAAUCACAAACGAAUCCAUUCCGAUGCUAAACCGUUUGUAUGCACUGUAUGUCAAAUGACAUUCAAAUGGAAGAAUAGUUUGAAGUGCCAUAAGGAGAUGCAUUUGAGAAAGAACGAAUCAACUCCUCACAUUGAUAACGACCUGCGUCAGUUGACGUAUGCAACUGCGGCUAAGCGAAAGCUGAUGAUGGAUCAGGAGGAGCAAGGAAAUCCUGCAACAUCUUCAGCAUCGUCAAUUCAUAGCCAACCGUUGAUCACGACCACUACACCGAAGAAGAAGUCGAAUAAGUCUUCGCCAAAUCACGGUGUUGGAACGGUUAAUCUAAACCCGAUCACACAACCUCUACAAGCGAGUGCCCUAAUACCGCCAUCGGAUCAUCAACUUGAUCUGGAUACGAGUUCGUUGGACACUCUUGUAAAUAGCAAUAACAACCUCCUCAUGCACAUUUAUAACAGUGAAGUGGACCCGUCGUUGACGUCACGUCAUACGAAUCCAAUGCUGAAUAGUAUUGAUGACAAUAUGUUAAAUUCACAGUUAUUAGGAGAUAUUAAGAGUGAAUCAUCAUUGGGCGGUACAGCGACAGCAGCACCGAUAAAUGUGCAUUUGCCGAUGCAAUUGAACAUGCUAAACUUCAGGCCGAUAAACGCGCAACAGUUGCCGUCUGUGCACCAUUUGACGUCUACUUCAUUACCGGUGUCAGUUCCAAUGGAUUAUACCAUUCAUAACGAAACGCCUAAUGUUGCGCAUCCACAGUAUAUUGUUACGACACAACCGGAUAUGAUGUUACCGCAAGGCAUUGGAUAUCAGCAUCAUGGGUUGGACCAAUGUGUGAUCCUGACGACCGGACACGAUUAUGUGCCAAAUUUUGACUACCCAAUGAUUGGCAACUAUCAAAUGCAAGCGGAACAACACGAAGCUCCUCCACCGUCUCAUGACUCAAACGACGAGAAAAUUGUCCCAUACGAGCAGUGGUAGACGUUAUAUGUUAUGAUGAUAACUUAGCCAAAUCCAAAAAACCCCCUCUCUAAUCUCAGUGUCAUGCUUAGUUACCAAUUCUCGUCAUGUUUUCAUUGCACCGAAAUUUUCUAUUCAAUUUUUUUCUCAUUUGCGCUCCACGUUUAUCCCCACUCACACUCCAAGUUUUCACACACACACACGUUUUGUUGGAAAGGGUAAAACUAGUCCGUUAAUGCUCAUAUUGAGAGUUAUUGGGAGUACAUCAGCCAUAAAUUUCUGAUAAAUAGACACUCAAAACCCACACACACACCGACACCAACGCCUUUCCUUCCAGCUAACAAAGUGCCACAGUAUUUUUUUCGGUCGCUUCCCCCCUCACAGAUGAGGUGCGUAGUGUUUUUCUUCCAUUAUUUAUAUGUGUAUAAUAUCCACGAAUGCUUCCUUCAGUGUCAUUUUGAUCUUCUCUCAGCCAUGAGUUCCGCCAUAAUAUUCCCAUCACAUUCAUGUGUUUUUUGUCACAAAUUUUGUUUUGUUGAAUGUUUAUGUGUUUUAUUUCUUUCGCCUAAAGAAGUGUCUCUGUGUGAAUCAUGCGUGCCAUUUGUGUAGCUACUCGCCUUAUUUUCAAUUUUCAUGUGAUUCCGCGUGCCUUGUGUUAUGAUGGGUGAUGGGAUGAUCGUAGAUUUUUUUAUUGAAAAUUCGAAAAUUUUUUGAUCCAGGAAAACAUGAC